GAUGCAUGCAAGAAGGCUUACAAUUCUGGUGAUGCGGAUCGCUUUGAGAUCAAUGUGGUCAAGCGAGACGGUCAGACGGUGACCAUGCUCCUUUCCGCGACCGCCUGCGUGUCUAUGCAGGGAAAGACAAAUGGGGCGAUCUUCAUAGGCCAAGAAAUCACGCAGCUGAAGACACUGGACGAGCGCAAGGCUUCUAUGAUGGCAAUGGUCUCCCACGAGCUUAAGAGCCCACUGCACGGCAUCAUCGGUCUCUGUAGCUCGCUGAUGGACAGUCAUGCUGAUGGGGAGUACAACGACAAGUUUCCUGCAGUAGUGGAGACGAUGCGCAACUGUGCCACGCGCUUGCUGGACAUGGUAGCGAACAUCAUGGAUGCGUCCGUGCUUGUCAACAACAAACGGAUGCGGAUGUCAAAGGAUCCUGUCCAGAUGAAAGAUGUCAUAGAGGAGGUCCUUCAUCUCUGCCAGUCUGGAGGGGGCCGUAAGGACCGAGCCUAUCUGCAGAAAGGCGUCAAGCUGAUCAACACCGUCAACCAUCCAUUGCCCAUGAUCCAGGCGGAUGCCUAUCGCUGCACGCAGCUUCUGUACAACCUGGUCACGAAUGCUAUGAAGUUCACGCACAAGGGAACAAUUACCAUCGCAGCCGGCUACAGUGAUGCGGAGCAGCUCCUGUAUAUUGAUGUGGAGGACACAGGUGUUGGAGUCUCACCAGAGAACAUCCAUCGCAUUUUCGAACCCUUCGACCAGGAGGAUUCACAGGAUCACUCAGAAAGUCAGCGGAGCGGUGGGCUUGGGCUUGGGCUUGGACUGUCUAUCAGCCGCGAGGUUGCCUUGAAGCAUGGUGGUGACCUGACGAUUGAGUCCGAAGUUGGGGUUGGUUCCACUUUCCGCCUCACGCUGCCGUACAAGAUGCACGUGGACUCUGACACGGAGGACAUGAGCGCAGAAGCUGGGACGCCCUUGCAAUCA